AUGGGCAGCGGUGCAAGCAAGAAGAAUGUGAAUUUGGUUGAAGUCCAUCCCUCAGCUCUGCCACUGGAACCAGCCAUGACACCUCGAAAGCUGCGCCAAGUGUGCCAGGACUUGAAGCGGCCGCCCAGACCGAAGCCGAAGGCAAAAGAAGGACAUCCUGAAGUCAAGGAGAAGGAGAGAGCCAAGGAGGCGCGCUGGGCUUUUCGGAGAAGACUCCGAGCUGAGAGCUGGGGACUUGAACUCUUGGUCUCGGACGACAAAGCGUGCAUCUCCUUGCAGGAGAAUGCUUUCAGCUUCUCACGCGACGAGCCUCCGCCAGGGCGAGAUUGCCAGGUGCAGAAGCCGCAGCAAGAGCAGCUGGAGGUUGAGCCGGAGGCACUUGCGCUCGAACAGAAACAUGUCCCCAUCGCAAAGCGAGGCGACGGUCCCAACCAGAACGGCUCCGGAGGAGAGCAGCUUGUGCUUCUGCUGUGCUUCCGCGCGCUGCCAUCGAUGUACCAUGAGUUGCUUGCGUCUCUGAAGUCUGGUGCUGGCCGUGUGCCUCUCGGCUCAGCGGAGGGGUACACUAAGCCUGUCUACAAACCAGACACCAUGCCACCCAAGGCCCAGAUGUUGAAACGUUCAAAGCAUGCAAGCUCACUGAUGACAGCCCAGCAUGCCAGGAAGCAUUUGCAGCUGUGGACCCACUGCAUUGCACGCAUUGCAUCCUACGUCUGCGGAAGCUUUAGUUUGCAGAUCGUGUUCGGCGUCGCGCACAUCUAUGCUUCCUUCAACGACACCUUCGUUCAUGUGACGGACCUGUCCGGACGCGAAACGAUCAUGCGUGUCACGGGUGGGAUGAAAGUGAAGGCGCGUCUGCUGCACGGUUGCUGCCAUCCUGAUGAAACGUGUGCACAGAAUGACGUUGGGAGUUGGGAGGCCGACCGCGAUGAGUCAUCUCCGUAUGCAGCCAUGUUGGCAGCGCAGGAUGUUGCUGCGCGGUGCAAGGAGCUGGGCAUCGGUGCGCUCCACAUCAAGCUCAGGGCAACGGGUGGCACGAAGACCCGCACGCCCGGCCCAGGGGCGCAGAGCGCCCUCCGAGCCUUGGCACGCUCCGGGAUGAAGAUCGGCCGCAUCGAGGACGUGACCCCCAUCCCUACGGACUGCACCCGCCGCAAAUGUGGACGUCGCGGCCGCCGCUUGUGA